ACUAGAACUACCACAACCACAACCACAACCACAACCAAACUCUCUCCCACAACCUUCGCAAGAGAAACAUCACCACAAGUUUCUCUUUUCAGAUGUAGCCCGGCCAUACAAUGGCUUCCGGCGCACCACGAGCAUCGGGCCGAACCAGCGCCAACGAUUAUCGCGACGAAAGGCCCCGCGUAUCGACCAACCUCAAGGGCGAGCGCUCCGAUUCUCGCAAGGGUCCUCCUCCUUCAACGACCCAGUCCAAUUUCUCAAAUGUUCAUAAACGAUCUGCUUCAGGGAACCCGAGGACAUCCAGUCGCAAUGAGGAGGAGCGCCGCUUUGAGACGAGGAGGGUGACGGAGCGUACCUUUGAAGCUCACCUCGAGCGUGCAGUCCCGAGAAAUACGAGUCCAGAACGAUCACAUCGACGAAAUGCGCCUUCAGAGAGUAGAGCUACGUCGAAAGCACCUAGACAUGAUACUCCUGAAGCUCGGCAGUCGAGAGCUGAGACUCCACUGGGUCUGUCUCUACUCUCCAAACCAGCCUCAAGGCCCUGAAACUGACAAUCUGAAGCACCAUGGAACCCCGAAGUAACCCUCCUACCACACACAACAGCUCCUCUAGCCUCACGAAUAUCAAUACCUCCUCUAGCGUCGACCGUACCUCAAGCUCCUCAACCGAAACCUCUAGGCGAACUGAGCUUGGAGCUACAAGAAGCUGCUAUAGUGGAGGAUCUACUCUUUGUAUUCAUGGGAUAUGAAGGACAGUACAUCAGAUUCGCCAAAGGAUACAACCCGAACGAGGAGAGAGACAGAUUAUCUGGACCAAGCUUCAGAACGUUACCUGGCCUUGACCCAAGUCUACAGGACCUAACACAGUCAAUGCUCAAGAUGGCAACAUAUUAUUCUGCCCUAGAAGCUUUUGUCGAUGUCCAGAGUCGGGAAGAGUUUGGUGCAGUGAACCAUGCUCUUUGCGCAUCAAUACGCAAGUUUCUACACGACUAUCUAGUCAUGAUUGCACAGCUCGAGACGCAGUUCCUCACCAGCGACACUUUCACUGUUCAUGUGCUCAACAUUCAUACCAUGUCCACGAGCCAGAUGAUGUUGCAGUUAUACUCACUUGCCCACGAGCUACUCAAAAAGAACGCUCUUCUCGAUGAUGAAACCGAUGAAUCUGAAGAUAGUGCUGACGAUUUUGAAAACAUCCUCGAGACACUUCGAGAUGGAGGCGAGUUGGUACCAGGCAACAUGACAGGCAAGAAGAUUUGUAAAGGUGGCGUGGUUCUCGGUCUAAUCACAAAACGCCUCGAAUCUUUAUCAGGCGAUCCUUCAGCUCGAGCGUUGUUAACGACAUUGUUGCGGGACGCCAGCAAACCUUACAUGGUUAUGCUUAACGAAUGGCUUCAUCAUGGUGGAAUCCAUGAUCCUCAUGCCGAGUUCCUCAUCAAGGAACAGAAGAGCAUUAAACGUGAGAGGUUGGAACAAGACUAUACUGAUGAAUACUGGGAGAGGAGAUACACAAUACGGGAUCACGAUGUUCCUCCACAACUCGAGGGUGUCAAGGACAAGGUUCUAUUGGCGGGCAAGUAUCUCAACGUUGUCCGCGAAUGUGGCGGCGUCGAUGCGAGCAAAGUCUCAAAGGAUGUCCCAGCUUCUUUCGACGACAACCGCUUCCUCGAAAACGUCAACAAUGCCUACGCUCACGCCAACGAAUCUCUCAUGCAACUCCUCCUCACAGCUCACUCUCUACCUGCUCGUCUACGCUCUCUCAAGCACUACUUCUUCCUCGAUCCCUCAGACUACUUCUCCUAUUUCCUCGAGCUGGGCGCCUCAGAGUUGCGCAAACCCGUCAAGUCUGUUAACACCGGCAAGCUGCAAUCUUUGCUGGAUCUCGUCCUGCGUCAGCCCGGCAGUCUUGUCUCUCUUGAUCCGUUCAAGGAGGAUGUCAAGGUUGAAAUGAACGAGAUUGUUCUCACAAAGGCCCUGCAGCGUGUUGUCAACAUCACAGGUAUCGAGCAGGGAGAGGCACUCCAGCCUGUUGCUAAUCAGCCUGUUGAGAACGAUAAGAACGCUGUUGGCUUCACAUCCCUGCAACUUGACUACUCCGUCCCUUUCCCUGUCUCACUCGUCAUCAGUCGAAAGACAGUAUGGCGAUAUCAAGCACUCUUCCGUUAUCUCCUUUCACUCCGCUAUCUUGAAUCACAACUAUCGACUACAUGGCAAACACAGACUCGGGGUAUCAGCUGGGCACACAAGGGUGCUUUGCGAAAACUCGAGAUCUGGAAGCGACGUGUUUGGACACUUCGUGCGCGUAUGUUAGUAUUCGUACAACAACUCCUCUACUUUUGUACGGCUGAAGUCAUAGAACCAAACUGGAACAAGUUCAUGUCACGUCUAAAGACAGAGGAUGAGCCUGUGGACUCGAGCUUAGGUGUACCAACACGGACUGUCGAUGAGUUGAUGCAGGAUCAUGUCGAUUUUUUGGACACAUGCCUCAAGGAGUGCAUGCUCACCAAUAGCAAGCUUUUGAGGAUCCACUCCAAACUCAUGCAGACAUGUACCAUCUUUGCUGCCUACACAAACUGGCUCACUCGUGAGCUCGAAAAGUCAGAUCCAGACCUAUCAGGCAACAACAAGCCCCCUACCAUGACAGCAGAUCAAUGGACGCGCUUCCAGAUGACAAAGACGGUACAACGUGGCUCAACGUCAGCUCAUCAUGACACCUCUGCUGCUUCGGCGGGUAACGCUGAGGUAGAUGCUCGCAUUGACAAUCUGUUCGAGAUUAUUCGUAAAUGGGAGGGCAAUUUCAGUCGACAUCUGCAGAUCUUGCUUGAUGCACUGAAUCACUAUGCUGCCACCGAGACAGUGGUCUUGUUGAGUCUGUGUGCACGCUUGAGCACUGCGAAUCAGGGGACAGAGUAUGCUGGACUACGGCAAGAGGACGAGUCAACUUAGACUAUGAGACUUGUUAGACAAAAGCCGAUGGUAAAGGGGCGUUAUAGAGAUCAGUAGAUUAGGAUCACUGUCAAAAUUAAGAUACCACCAAACAACUUUUCAACCCUGACAUGCACCUGAUAAUUCCCAAGGUCAAGGAUCCACUGGAAAA